GGUAUGACGAAGUCCUACUUCCGCUGACGCAUUUGUCGUCAGCAAAUAUGGCGGCGAGCCGUGUUCGUCUUGUAGGAUCGUUAUUGGGGAAAAGUGUAAAUUGUGCCUCGACUACUAACCCAUUCACCCUGCAGUUAUGCCGACAGAUAUGCGGGACUCCUGCCCUCCACAGGAAGAACCUGGCGUCUUUAGGACCGGAGAAGUUCACCGCCGAGUUUAUCCAGAAGCAGAUAGAGGAGUUUGAGAUCGGGAAGCGACACCUGGCCAACAUGAUGGGAGAGGACCCCGAGAACUUCACUCAGGAGGAUAUAGACAGGAGCAUCGCCUACCUUUUCCCCUCUGGCCUGUUCGAGAAGAAAGCUCGGCCCCUAAUGAAGCAUCCUGAUGAGAUCUUUCCAAAGCAGAAAGCGGUGCAGUGGGGACCAGACAGACGACCUUUCCACUUCCUGUUCUACACUGGCAAGCAGUCCUACUAUUCCUUCAUGCACGAGCUGUACGGCAAAGUGCUGAACAUCGAAAAGCAUCAAGAUCGCCUGAGAGCAAAAGGACUCUUCUCUGCCGAACCCAAGCAGAUCUCCCUGGGAGCAAGCAGGUGGCUGACCAAGGAGGAGCUGGAAGCGUCGUUAGUGGAGACCAUCUCCACUCAGGAUUACCAGCGUUUCAUCCAGCUGAUGGAGCGCAUGCUGUCCAUGCCCUACUGCAGCUUGGAGGAGGAGUUCAUCCUGCGCCACCGCCAGCAGCUGGAGGCACAGUCCAUGCACCAGGUGGUGCCGCCGCUUCAGAAGGACGACAGAGGGGUGGACUUCAGCGCUGCAGAAGGCAGGAGAAAGACGUCUAAGUCAUCAGUGGUCGUCCGUGACUGCGGCUCGGGGUGCAUCACCGUCAACGGCAAAGACUACCUCCACUACUUCCCCGUGCUACAAGACAGAGAGCAGCUGAUGUUCCCGCUUCAGUUCGCCGGCAUGCUGGGCCGCUUCGACCUGGAGUGCACGGUGAGCGGCGGCGGCAGGUCGAGCCAGGCGGGGGCGCUGCGGCUCGCCAUCUCCAGGGCGCUGCUCAGCUUCGUGUCGGAGAGAGAAGGAGAGGCGAUGCGGCAGGCUGGCCUGUUGACACCUGACCCGCGAGUCAGGGAGAGGAAGAAGCCGGGUCAGGAGGGAGCCCGACGCAAGUUCACCUGGAAGAAACGCUGAGGACGAGGGACUCACCCCAACAACUGUGGAGCCAGAUCAGCAUCAGGGGUUCAUCUCAGUCUCUGAGGCUGCAGUGACAUCCUUUGGCCACUAGAUGGAGAUGUAUUGUAACAAAUGAACUAUUAACUUGUUCCAAUUAUAAAUAAAUUAAAGAUUUUCAUAUAAAAAAAU